CCUCGUGGCUCGUCUUCUCUCAGUUUUUGAAGGAUCAUAAUCUCAACAGUUUUCAAGAUUUUGGAUGGUCUCAUCUUUGUGAAUACAUAAAUUUGGAAAAUUGCAUCACAUUGAGAUCGGUAAAACUGUAAAACCAUCCAUCGCAUGAGCCGUUUGAGGAAAACCUCAUCCGGGACCUACAAAAUGGAGACCACCGGGCCAAAGGUUCUAAGUCGAUAUCUCAGCGGUCCAACAGGUUCUGUCCAUGAUAACUGCAAAUGUGCAAUUAAACAACCAACCGAAACAAAGCCAAUUAGUCCAUUUCCCAGAAGAGUACCAAAACCACCAGUAGAUAGAACUCACAUAGAAGCACCUACCGCGUUACCCAGAAUCAAGCAAUCACCUUCAGUCAUUCCCAAGGUUACAACACGCAAUCUCAAGAACAAUAAUGUUGUUAAAGAUCAACUUUUAAAGAAAAACGUUGAAAGUGAACCAAAGAAACGAGAUUUGAAACUAAAGUCUGAGAAAUCUCAAUCCAAAACAUACAAUCCGCCGUCUUCAAGAACUCAUAGAAGAAGACAUAGUGACAUGUAUGUACCGAGUAAAACUAUGUUACUUCCGCCUACAACAUUUCCUAAAAGACGACUAAGUGAAGUCUUUAUUCACCCAAAUAAAGAUCUUGCAUCAGUUUCUAAUGCGUCAAUGGUUAGGGGUUCAAGAACCAACAAGAACGAAUCAAAAAAAGAUCUAAAAUCCCCUUUACUGAACAAUAGAUCCAAUUCUCUAAAGACUAAUGUUUUCACUCCAAAAUUAAAUACAAAGGUGCCGCCUUUGAGAACUGAUAAAAGUCUCCCUAAAAUGGAGCCUAAGGGAUUAAGAAAGCCAAAAUCAAUGAAACACAUUAAAGAAGUUGUGCCAGAAAAGACUCUGCAUGUUAUAGAGCCUAGCAUUGGUAUUGAAAUAACUAAAACUAUAAUUUCGCCUACUUUUGCUUCGAGCUCCGAGGAGGAAGUCAUGACACAUGGUCAAAAUGAACUGGAUGCAUCUUCAUCAUUAAGAGUAGACGAUAACAAUGAAAAAGAUGGUCGGCUAGAAGUUCCAAAUGAGUUGCUGGAAUCUCUACCUUCAAUAGACGAUGAUACACCUGCAACAGAUGAUCAACUCAAUGAUAAUGUAGCAGAUUCAGAAGUCAAUGAUACAACAGAGAAAACACGUGUUGGAAAGUUGGUGGUAGAAACCAGUGAUGAUGAUUAUCCAGAUGAUCUCAGGUUCAGAAGAGGUACAAUCCUCAGUCCUCGGUCUGAGAAUAAUAGCCCAAGAAAGUUGGAGUUCAAGAAAGGAAAAGAGUUGGAUGAAGACGAAACUGAUAAUGGUGAAAGCAAGAGUCUGAGAAGAUUGUCAUCUGAUGGUGCCGUGUAUAGUCCCGAAAGUUAUUCAAUCAGUGUUGAUCUUAAACACCAAGAAACGGAAGAAAAGAAGGAUCAUUCAGGUCUGAGUAAUAAAGUCAUUGAAGAGACCGCUAACAAACUAAUUCAAACCCGGAAGAGCAAGGUCAAAGCUUUGGUUGGGGCAUUUGAAAAUAUCGUUUCUGGUAACAACCAGACAAGUUAGACCAGUGCAACUGUACAGGUACUUAAUGGUAGUUAGUUCUACAUGUCACGCUUCUUUCUUUAGGAAAUGAAGAAGUUUAAUUCAUAUUGAUCUUACUAUCGAUAUCUAUAUUAAAUGGGUUUUAGGUGUUUAGAUUAGGGCUUAUGAAUUGUAUGUUGAUAGAUAUGGUUGCAUGUAAGAUUUUAGGUGGUAUAUUUCAUUUGGAGGAUACGUUUCCGGAGCAUGGUACUUAGUGUUCCUUAGAAUACACUCCUCCCAUGGUUACCAAAAGGUCUAAAUUCUAACGCCCUUCGGCCACCAUAAGUCUAUUGAAGAAGCUCACAGGCUUUUGUAGAUGCCGAUUUUGGAGGUAAUAUCAUAUAUUCAAUGAGAACUUUCGAGUUA